AUGUCGAUGAGACCGGCCUGGGGGCCGAAGUUGUUUCUCAUGCUGGUGACGACCACGAUCGUUAUCGGCAAUUAUCACCGUCACCGCGAGAGGACUCAUUUGCGCGAGCAGCUCGUUAACGGCCACAAAGUGACGAGGAACAUCACGCGAUUGCAAGAGGAAAUAAUUGCCAAUCUACCACCUCUUCGAAUACCUCGGUUGAGGCAUCACCGAGUCACAGAUUGGGACCCUUACUUCGAGAAUGCAGAAGGCCAGGGUAUCAAUGGAUCCCAGAACGUUGCGUUACACCUCGGUGCGACGGCUCUCCUUGAUUGUCGCGUUGCAAUGCUCUCCGGAAAGAAGGUCAUGUGGUUACGCCGCAACGCCGACUGGGCAUCCCUUUUAACUCUGGGUAAUACCACUCACAUUUCCGAUCCCAGGUACAGCAUUAGCUUCCAAUACCCAAACAACUGGAGGCUGGCGAUCGCCGGGGUGCGCAGGGAGGAUCGUGGAUUGUACGUCUGUCAAGUGAACACGCACCCCCCGAGAAUGCUCGUCACUAACGUCACUGUUCUAGCUCCGGAUAUCAGAAUUGUGGACGAGGCCAGACACGAGCUACGGGAUCGCUACUAUAAAACCGGAAGCGGUAUCGAGCUGGCGUGUGUCGCCCGACCUUCUUGUCCUGACUCCAGGAUACCGCAUCCCGUCUGGAGGAAAAAUGGUGAGACGUUGCCGGAUCACGUCGACGUUUAUCACAUUAAUGGGUCGAACGAAGAUCUGGUGACCAAGCUGUACAUCGAACAGGCGAAAAAGACUGACAGCGGCGAAUACUCGUGCUCAGUGAGCCAAUUCAGUACCGCCGCGGUGCAUAUUCACGUCCUGAAUGGUGAGAAACAAGCAGCGGUCCACCACGACCAAUGGAACGCGGCGCGUACGAAUCACCACGAAAUAUUGAAGAACCUCUGCAUCACGAUCGCCAGCUUUCUUCUUCUACGAGCUUGGAUCAUCAGUUCGCCGUGA